AUGGAGCAGGUCAUGCCCGAUCAUGUGCAGUGGAUCAAGGAGAAGUGCUUGACCUUCCAGCCGGAGCAAAACAAGCUGACGUUGGCCAGCGGGCAGCAGAUCGAGUACGACGUCCUGGUCGUGGCAGCUGGCCUGCAGCAGAACUUCGGAGCAGUGCCAGGACUUCCAGAGACCAUGGGCAAGAACGGCGUUGCUUCAAUCUACUCCUUUCAGUACUCGCCCAGUGUCUGGACCAACAUCACUGGCAUGCAGAAAGGCAAGGCGAUCUUCACCAACCCGGCCACCGCCGUCAAUUGUGGUGGAGCACCGCAGAAGAUAUGCUACCUGGCCGAAGCCGCGUGGCGUGAGCGAGGAGUUCGCAACAGCAUCGACAUCGAGUUCUGCACAGCAACGCCAGGCAUCUUUGCGUGCCCCGAGUAUCGAGUCGCCUUGGAAAAGAUCAUGAAGUCCAAGAACAUCACGGCACACGUGAAGACGAACCUCGUCGAAGUGGACGGAGAGAGGAAGAUUGCGAUGUUUGAGAGGGAAGGUGGCGAGCUGCUCACGAAAGAGUUUGACUUCCUCCAUGUGACGCCUCCCAUGAGUGCUCCGGACUUUAUCAGGAACAGCCCCCUCGCAAACGCGGCUGGGUUCGUCGACGUGGACAAGGAGACGUGCCAACACACCAAGUUCCCCAAUAUCUUCUCCCUUGGGGACUGCUCCUCACUCCCAACUUCGAAGACCUAUUCUGCAAUCUCCUCUCAGGCUCCUGUGGUCACCUACAAUGUGCAGGCCCUGCUGGCCGGUGGGGAACCCACGUCUGCCUAUGAUGGAUACACAGCCUGCCCGGUGCUACUGGGAGACAGCAAGCUGUUGCUCGCCGAGUUCAAUGGCUACACGAUGGAAGCAACCCCGACUUUCAAGCCACUUGACCAGACGAAGCCCAACACCUUGUUCUACUGGUUGAAACGUUACGUCUUUGAACAUGUCUACUGGCAUUCCAUGCCACUGGGACGAUGGUAUGGCAAGUACAUGUGGUUCGAGCCCUCAGUUCAGCACAAGGUGAAUGCAGCAUCCAGCUCUCCCAAGGCGAGCCCGCCCUCGGAAACUGCCGCUCUGAAGGCUUCAGUCCCAGUAUCUGGCGCAGGUGAGGCCUCUCACGGUGCAGCUGCCGCUGCCGACAGCCUGAAGCCCGAGCUCUUCGGCGUGAGCACGCCGAACUUGCCGGGGGACGUCAGCCUUUCAGGAAACCUGGAUGUGGCGAUCCUUGAGCAGCUGGCACCACGCUACAAAGGUUGGCUCUACCUGAACCCAGAAGACAACAAACACUUCCACAAAAAGGAGCUCGAAGCUGCGGGCUGCAAGGUGGAGGUGGCGCCCAUCCCAAACCCCGCUGGCAGCCAGAAGGCUACCGAGGAGCAUGCGAGCGCAGUUCUCUCUGCCAUGGAUCGCCUCCCUAGGCCUUUGAUGAUCCAGUGCACGUCGGGCAACCGCGCAGGCGCUGCGCUGCUGCUAGCACAGGCCAAAGCCUUGGGUCACAACAGGGCCUCCGCGAGCCUCCUGGCGGAGGACUUGGACCUCAAGUUUUUCACCAAGUGCUCGGAGUGCGGCCCGAUCAAAGAUUGGGUGCUGGACCAGCUCCCCGGCGUCAAUGAGGAGGCCCAGUCCUCUACUGCAACCAGACAAGCAGCGGUCAUCGAGCAGCUUUUCGAUCCACAGGGCAGCUCGACCUUCACUUACCUCCUCGGCUGCUCGCAGAGCCAAGAGGCGGUGCUGAUCGACCCAGUCUUGGGCAUGGAGGGUCGGGAUCUUGGCCUGGCAGAGGAGCUUGGCUUCAAGGUGAAGUAUGUUGUCAACACGCACUGCCACGCAGACCACAUCACCUCCGGCGGCGCAAUCAAGAAGCUGCACCCGGAGGUGAAAACCAUGAUCUCGGAAGCCUCUGGAGCUGCUGCCGACAUCAAACUGAAGGAUGGUGACAAGAUCGAGUUUGGCCAAUAUGCCCUCCAAGCGGUUGCCACUCCGGGACACACCGAUGGCUGCAUGUGCUUCGUUCUUAACGGGCCAGAUGCGCCAAAGGCGGUCUUCACAGGCGACACUGUGCUCAUUCGAGGAUGCGGCCGAACGGAUUUCCAGCAGGGUGACGCGGCCCGACUCUACGACAUGAUCCACCAGAAGAUCUUCACUCUACCGGAGGACACCAAGAUCUACCCAGGUCACGACUACAAGGGCAGAAAUGUGUCCACCGUCGCAGAAGAGAAGAAAUUCAACCCCCGCUUGACGCAGAACAAGGAAGAGUUCAUCAAGACCAUGAAAGAGCUCAACCUGCCCUAUCCGAAGAUGAUGGACGAGGCGGUGCCGGCCAACCUGGUCUGCGGGGUCUGA